CAUGAGUUUAGAGAAUGCUAUUGUAUAAUGGCUUAACAAAUAUUAGUAAUUGAAAAUUUAGUCUUUUGAAAGUUUGGCUGAUGGUAAGGCUACAAUUAUAUAAAAGGAUGCACAUUUAGUUAAUUGUUGAAUUUAGUUGAUCCUACAUUCUUUUCUUUGGCAAGUGCAAAAAACUUAAAGAUUGAUACUGAUGUUUAGAAGGUUUAAGGACAUUUAAUUGAUAUGCUAUAAAAAGUUUAAUAGUAUAGAACAAAUAUUCAAUGCAAACCACCUGAUUAUAUUGAGAUUGAUGUUUUUGAAAUCACUGUGAAUUAAAAUAAGCAAUAAAUUUUGGCAUUGUUUGAAUUGAUUAUGAAAGUUAUCCUUUCUUCAAAUUAAAGAGGAAAAUUUAUUGAGCCAAUUUUAAUGUUAGAGGAGAAGGAUUAAGAAACUUUAAUGCAUUUUCUUAAAAAUCAUCUAGAUGAAGUAUAAUAUAUUUAAUAUAAAUAUAAAGUCAGAAGAAAAUCAAACUAAUGAAUGGCAAGAAGAAAACUAUAUUUAAAAUUUAGUGUAAAAAAUGGAUGAAAUUGAAUCAUAUAAUAUAGAACUUAAAAAAUAAUUAAAUGAAUCUGAAGAGAAAAAAAAAUCAUUAAAAAGUGCUUUAGAUGAUGCAUUAGUCUAAAUAGAAAAUAAAGAUAUGGAAAUCAGAGCAUUAACAGAAUCUAAAUGUCAUUUAGAAAAAUGUAAGUUAUUUAUAUUUAUUUUAAGGUUUGGAAGAGAAGAUGGACUUUUAACAUGAGUAUAAGGAAAGUGAAAAAAUUCAUUAAAAGUGUUUGGAACAAGAACAUAAAUUAGCUUAAUAUGAAUUAAUAAUAGAAGAUUUAAAAAGAAAAGAAACCUAAUUUAUAUAGCUAAAGGAAGAAUAUUAGUAACACAAAUUUAAAUUAUAAGAGAAUGAAAAAUUAGAAUAAAAAAUUGAAAGCGUAAGUGAUUAGAAAAUAUUAAUUAGCUACAAGAAAGAAGAGAAUUAGACAAAGAUGUUUAUUAAAAAGGAAAAGAAAGAUAUGAAAAAGAAAUAACUACAUUAAAAUAAAAUAUUAAAGAGUUAUUAUUAUAAUAAUCUGAAUUGAAAGAAUCCAAAUUAAAUUUAGAAUUAGAAUUAUAAUAAAAGUAAGCAAGAUUUGAAAGAUCAUAAGAAUAAAUUAAAAUUAUGGAAACUGAAUAUGGAUAAAAAAUAAGAGAACUUUAAGAUUUACUAGAGACUUUACAUUAAGUUGAAGAGGAAAUGCCUAAAAUAACUAGUAGCAAUAAUUAAUAAUUAUCUUAAGAAAUGAAAUUAUCUGUUAAUAUGAAAAAUGAAAAUUUUGAAAGAGAAUAUUAUAUUAAAGAAAAUCAUAAAUUAGAAGAAAAAAUAAAAGAAUUACAAGCUAAAAUCAAUGAAAUGCAAAUGGAAGAAGAAAGUAAGAAUUAGAAAAGCAAAUUUGAAUCAUAACUUUAAUAGUCUUAAUAAAUUUCAUUGUUAACAGAUAAAAUUAAAUAAUUUUAAGAACAUAAUCAAUAAUUAAAAAAAUAGAAUGAAGAAUUGAAAAAAUAGACUUAAAAUAAAAAAGUCACUCAAAUUGAUUAUGAAAUUAGUGUGCUAUCUUUAUUGUCGGAAGCUUUAGCUAAAAAAGUGAAGGAAUAUAAAAGUUAAGAAAAAGAUUAAUGA